GCUACCAGUUCAGCCUCUGCCAAGCUGCCUGUCCCUGCCAGCAGCAGGAGGACAGAGCUGCCUGCAUGGGCAGGCUUCAUGCCCACCCCAAGCAGGCUGGGAUGCUGGGCUGGGCACAGCCGUCCCAGGCUGGGGCACUGUCCGUCGCGUGCGGAGUGAUGUCUGCUGGAGCACCUCUGCUUUCUCCCCUGGGAACCAGUUGAACCGGUGGGCCAGGAGCGGUGCCCAGCCUCGCAGCAGCACAGACGGUGAGGUGGCUGUGUCACCGGGAGAGGAGGGGACAGGAAGGACGUGCCAGGCUCCAACACUCACAGGGGCUCUGCUACAGCAGCUCCCAGCCUGGCUGAGCCCUGAGCAGCUCCUGUGGCAUGGUGCUGGGAGAUGGACCCCCGGGCAGAGCAAGAGCCCAUCAACGUGCUCGGGAUUGUCUUGGGUGUCGGGCUGGCCUUGCUGAUCCUGGUGCUUUUUGGCUACACCUUGGUCCGGUGGUACAAGAGGGGCCAGUGCUGGCACGGGCCUGACUUCGUCUUCAACCUCUAUCACACCCGUGGGCUGGGGUCGGUGGAGCUGGUGCCACCUUUCAGCAUCAGCGGCUCACUGAGCGGGGCUGGGAGCAGCUAUGUGCCUUUCUGCAACAGGGGGCCUUGAGGCAGGAGCCAGGCUGGUGUGCAGGUAGGACAUCACCCUGCUUCUCCCUGCCUGGUGGUGGGUGAGGGGAUCCCCGGCUGUGUACCUCCCCCAGGACAACCCAUGCAGGUGCCCCGCAAUGCCCAGGAGCAGCUGGUGUGUGGGGUGGCUGUAGCACUGAGUGCCUCUGUGGUGGGGAGUCCAGGUGCUGGGUGAGGGUGCUGUGCCCCGGAGGCUCCACGCCUCUUUGUAGCCCCUGGUCAUUGCAGCUUUCCCUGGGAUAGUCCUAAGGCUUUUCCUGCAGAAGCCGGUGGGGCAUCAGGGGCUUUCCCUGGGCUCUGGUUUUGUUCCCCCCAUGCAGGUUUUGGUUUCCAUUUCCAUCCCCACGAUCCUCAGCCUGGGGCUGGGCACGCAGCUGGGGCGAAGGCAGCUCAGGGCUGGGGCUGGAGCCCACGUGCCCCCUGCACCGCUUCCCCUUUCUGCCUCACAUCCCCCUUCCAGCAGCAACAGAAAGAGCAACCAAAAUCAGCUAGGGGGGGAAGUCCUCUGUUCUUGCUUCUUUAAAAAACCAGCUGCUACAUACGCUGGAUUUCUACCGAAACUGUAACAAGGAGGUUUCAGUUUUUGAAGAGCUUCUCCAUCUGCUCCCUGCAGCUGCAUUUCUCUUGCUGCUCCCCAUUCCCCCCCCCCCCCCCCCCCGCCCCGGCCAUGGGCAUUGCUGGAGGGUGCCUGAGGCCAGCUGCCAUCCCUGUGCUGGUGCAGCCUCCCCUUGCUUGGGAUGGAGGAAGAGGGUUCUGCCUUAUCCCAGGCUUCCUCAGCAUGAACCCUGGAGAGAAAAGCCACCUUCCCCAGGGCUCAGAGACACCCCAGCCCUUGCCACCAGCCAGCUGCAUGCCCAGGAGACCUUGGGCCAGGCUGCUGGUGAGCAGGGCAGUGGGAGUGUGGGGAGCCAGCUGGGAAGGAUGGCGGUGAGCCACGGAACUGGAUGGCUGGUUUUGUGCAAUAGGGGAAAACGCCAUAAGGAAAUGAGACUGCUUCUCAGACUUCCCUUCUCAGUCGAGUAUCUGGACCAAUGUGGAAAUUUGUCCUUCACACCGAUAGUGUAAGGAAACAUCUCAGAAAGCCCCUGUGGUCUUUAUCAUGGCUUUCUCAUGCCAGCCACCUUCAACCUCGGCAAAGCAAGUGGCUGUGGAAGUGCCUGAAGCACGAGACCAGCCCUGACAAAAUUGCUGUGGCCCUUGGGGAGGGACCCACACACACACUAAGUGGGGGCAGACCAGGCAUGGGGCUUUGGGACUGUUUCUUUGCAAACUGUUUUCUCCGAAGGAAAACAAAAAGAGACUCGGGAGACCACACGGCUCUGUAUGGGGAAACCGGUGAGGAUGGAGUGGAGAGCUCCAGUCUGCACCCCAGCUUGCAAGGGGGCUGGGGGCUGGCCACAAGCCUCCCGGCUUCUCCUUCCCUGUGCCCCCCCACACUGCUCCAUGCAGGGUUUGUGCAGUGCUGGGGGCUCCGUUGCCUUGUUGUUGGAAAUGUUGGAAACAUCUGCAUAGGCUGGUGCUGGGGGAGGAAAGGUGUUUGCAGGGUGCAGCCCCUUGCUGGGGGGUGCAGUGUUCCCUGCUGCGAAGAGGAGCAGGAAGAGGAGAGCCACUUGCAAGAGGAGUGGGAGCUGAAUGUCCUCUGUGUGUUAGGCUGUGACUUAAUUCAGGAAAAUAUGAGCAUCUGGGAUUUCCAUAGAGUCGGAGGGACUGUACAUACUCUCAGCUACCAAAGCCAAAGCGUGUGGUCUGUGGUUUUCUGGCAAACUCAUCUGGGUUUCGUUGAAAGGAGAAGCCUGGCUGCUCAUGAAGGGGGAGGGAAACGCUGCCUCUGUCAGCCUUGGGUGCUGCCGCUGGAUGCUGCCGGCUGGAGCUUUCCACAGUGAGCAGGAACCGGCAGCACCCAGCACUGCACGGGAUCCGGCCACACAGCUUGACGUCAGGAGCAUUGAAAAAAAAAAAAUGUUAUGCUUAAUUUUCGUGACUCCAUUUUCCAGAGGAAGUUGAAAAAAAGAAAGCAAAAAAAAAAAACCAACCACCAACUCCCAAAAUACCCUGAGGUAGAAGAGCUGGUGGAAAUGGAAGGAUGGAAGGGCAGGAGGACACACAUGGACGGCAUCGGUGGUGUCACUGCAGCGGGGCACCCACCAUGGCCAGCAGCCAGGCCCUCCAUGUGAUGCAAGUAUGUUCAUUGCAAGUAUCUUCAGUGCAAGUAGUGUAACAUCAGGUGUAACACGGAAAUGUAGCAAUGCGUCAACAACCUUUCUCCUGACUGCAGCGAUUCUUGUUUUCACCUGAUAAAAAGUACUUCCCAGAGCUGGGUUUCCACUAACAGUUUUAACGGGACUAUCCCACCGUGAAGGUUCUUGGAAACUAAGUGACUCUUGGAAAAACUCCAAGUGACCUGGCAGCAGUGAAAUGUAGCCCACGGUAAGUUGCUCCCAUCUCAUGCCUAUUUCCAUUCUGACAGAAACUAUCCCCCUGCCCUCCAGUUUCAACUUGUUCCGCUCUGCCCUGGAGCUGCUCCUGUCCCUCACUGGUGCGGGAUGUGCUCCAUGCCCAGUGCGCCCCUGUGAAAUCACCCCAAGCUGCCCAGCUCCUUUUCCCUGCUGCUCCUCCAGUGCCUGCAUCCACGAUGCAACACCUGCCUGGGACAAACACCCUGAUCCUCAGAUGAGUGUGAAACUCUCAGUGGGCUGGCUUUGCUCUUUUUUUCCAGUUGUAACGUGGGAAUGCUC